UCGUCUACAGAAUAUAGUAUAUAAGUCGAAAGUAAAAUUCUCUGUAAAAUGUUUUUCGUGUAAUUUUGCAGUUAAACUAUCGUUAUAGAGAGUUCAUUAUGUUACGUUUUAUCGCAUGGAUUGCUGCUUUCCUCAUAUUGAUCGGAUCUGUUUGGUCACAGGAAGAUCUUUUUGAAGAAAAAAUUGAGCAUAGUAUGCCAAAAUUUGGUUUUACUUUUCUCGAACCUUUUCGAAAAUAUUUUUGUAACAAUUUUUGUAACAAUUCAUCAUCUCAAUUAUAUAUAAUGAAUUUUGCAUGUGCUAUCAAAUGUCCUGAAUUAUAUCUACCUCAUCAAACUUCAACAAUGAUGCCACAAUCAAGUACGAGUACACAAUCUUCAACUACUACUAGUGCUACUACUACAACUACUACAACUAUGAAGGCUCCAUAAGUGAUUAAUACAACUACAAUAUAAAUCAUAAUAUGCAUAUCUAAAUAUAUAGAUCAUUCUAGUAUUAAA